AUGGCUUCCUUUCUACCUACGGAAAUCCUUCUCAAAAUCUUCUCUUAUCUACCUGAGCAGUCAGCGAUAGACCUAGCUACUGUAUCAGAUCUUCCAAAUUCCCAAUCCUUUUCAAGUUCGCCGUUGCCAUUACCUAUACAGCGUCAUUUGUCUCGCUUAACGGACUUGUUUUCUUGCAUGCUGGUAAAUCACUACUGGUGUCAGAGCGUAGUCACUUUUAUCUGGAGAGCACCAUUCCAUGGAUUGUCGCUUCCAACGGAUACGCUAUUAGCUAGGCAGAUCGUUGGGGUUUAUAUGAGUUGUCUGGACGAAGAAGAUCGAAACACCAUUUCGCAGUUUGGCCUAGUUUUGCCGAAGAGUAAAGCGCUAUUCAAGUAUUGCACAUUUCUAAAAGAGUUGGAUUACUGCGCUAUGGUUUUGGGAAUCAAAUCAUGGAUGGAGCAUGCGUCAAGGCUGUAUAGAAGGAAAGCAGCGCAGAACCGUUGGUUCAAGGAUGACGAUAACAAUGACGAUGAGGAUGGAGAUAUGGUUGCACAGCUUACCUACACCAUGUCAUCGUUAGCGCUGUCUCGAUCAAACGCCAACCAUUCGAUUGUUAUAGGCGCGUUAUUGCGUACGUUCAUUAAACAAAAAGUUAGGAUCAUAAAUUUGAUUAUUAGAUCGAGGGAAACAGAAGACUGGGACGAUGGUGGUACAUAUGCUAUCUUGUUAGCUGAGAGUCAUAGGGAGUUUCUUGCACCUUUGAGGGAGUUGAGAAUUUUAUAUAAUGGAUUUGUAAACGCUUCGCGCGAAAAAUUAUUUACUGGAUUGUCGACAGCUUGUAAAAAUCUGAAACAUAUUCGCAUAAAUAUAGGAUGUCCAGGAGGAAGCGAGUAUACUCGUGCUAAGGAAGCAAAAUGCGUAACUGACUUGAUUAGAUCGCAAAAUGCCCUUAAUUCUUUCUAUCUUGGUGAAUGCCCGCCGAAACUUGUAUCUGUAAUAGAACCCGCUCUUUCAUCUCAAUCAGAGAGUCUUAUAUAUGUAGUGUUUGCGAACGUUGAUUUUGCAGGGUCUUCGUUGACGGCACUUGCUACUUGUCUUGAAUUGAAAAUGCUAAAAAUCAUGUAUUGUAAAAAUGCGUCGACGAAAGUGUUUGGACCGGUGAUGAAGGCGGAUUUUCAUAAAUUACGAGAUGUACGGAUAAUCGGAUGGGCUGAGCCAAAGUUACAAUAUUGGGCAACUUCUGUGUCGAAUAAGGGGAGUAUACUCUAUGGUAAAGCGAGCUGA